UGGGGGAAGCGUUCAGUAGAUGGCUUUAAAAGCUGAGCAGGUCACUACUAGGGGAACCAGCAACCAGAGCGACUCAGGGAGGGGAGUCUGAGCAGUACCCAGCUCUGCCGAAGAGCGAGCAGUCCCACUGAGUGACGGAAAAAAGGAAAGAAUGCAAAUGAAUGAAUGCCCUCUUUGAUACGUGUGGCUCCUGAGCAUAAUCUGCAAACCUGGCAGGCACCAGGCACAAGUGGAAUUGCUGCCUCUAAGUAGGAAGAAACUUAGCCUCUUUUUGCAAGCAGUUGCUCGCAGUUUGCUCGUUGGCUCGAGGGAAUCAAGCAGCCAAGAGAACCUUGUCCCUCUGCAGAACAGAGGAACUGGAUGCACUGUGGGGCUGAUCACCUGCUGCUCACAUAAUGGCAAUUAUUCUUUUAAGCAGAGAGAACCUGAAAUCAUAAGGUUUCCCACCCACAUCUGGAAAAUACGCAAGGAAGCGUUUACCCUAAAAGCAGUACAGCUGUGGCGGCUGCUUCUCUCUGGAGGGACAGGCUGAGCAACUGUGACAGAGGCAACCUACAGAAGCUGUCUCCCAGGGUGAAGCCCUGAGCUCCUGCCUGGAUGAGGAGGAGAAAAUGGAGGCAUUAACUUCAGUUCUAGAUGAGGUCCACGCCUGAACACAGAAACUACUGGAAUAUUCUGAGGGAGAGCGGCAAGUGGUUUUUGCUCUGAAAUUGGGACUGACCAUGCCACCCCCAGUCUCUUCAGACCUGGGCUAUGUACCCCCCGAUGGCGGAUGGGGGUGGGCGGUGGUAUUUGGAGCCUCCAUCUCGGUUGGGUUUGCAUACACCUUUCCCAAAGCUUUCACAAUCUACUUUAAAGAACUGCAGGCUGUUUACAGCAUCUCGUACAGCCAGAUUGCCUGGAUAUCAUCCAUCAUGUGUGCUACCACCUACGGAGGAGGGCUUCCCCAGGAGUGCUGGGCGGCUGGCCGCUCGCACAGCCCCACCAUGCCGUCCCCCAGUAACGCGGGGCGAGCCCCCAGCCCACCGGACGGUGGUUGGGGCUGGGUGGUGGUCUUUGGCGCUUUCAUUUCUAUUGGCUUCGCGUACGCUUUCCCCAAGGGCAUAGCCAUCUUCUUCAAAGAAAUCCAGGAUUUCUUUGGCACAUCCUAUAGCGAGAUCGCGUGGGUCUCCUCCAUCAUGUUGGCCACGACGUACGGUGCAGGUCCCAUUAGCAGUAUUUUAGUGAACCGCUAUGGAAGCCGACCUGUGGUUAUAUUCGGAGGCCUGUUGUGUGGCGUUGGGAUGGUCUCAGCCGCCUUCUGCACCAGCAUUCUGCAACUCUACAUCUGUGUGGGCUUCAUUACAGGAUUCGGCCUUUCUCUCAACCUCCAGCCAUCGGUGAUAAUGAUAGGGAAAUACUUUUUGAAGAGAAGACCCAUCGCGAACGGUCUUGCUAUGGCUGGGAGUCCUGUGAUGCUUUGCACCCUGGCUCCUCUCAACCAGUUCCUAUUUGACAAUUUUGGCUGGAGGGGCAGCUUUUUAAUUCUUGGUGCAAUUCUAUUACACUGCUGUGUGGCAGGAGCUCUCUUCAGACCCAUUGGGGCAGCCACAGCACCAGUUAAAACCCAAGCAAUUGAGGAAGGAAAGGAGACCUUGAAAGAAGAGGUCACUAAGGAUGCCAUGGAAAUGAGUAAUCCCAGGAACAUCCCCAUGGAGACCAAAAUGGAAGAAGAAGGAGAGAAGGACUGUUGUGAAAAAAUCAAUCAGUACCUUGAUUUUUCCCUCUUUAAGCACAGAGGGUUCUUGAUUUACCUCAUCGGAAAUGUGCUCAUGUUCCUGGGUUUUUUUGCCCCCAUUGUUUUUCUGGCACCCUAUGCAAAGCACAUCGGUAUUGAUGAAUAUUCAGCUGCUCUCCUCCUUUCGAUCCUUGCUAUUGUGGAUAUGAUUGCCCGACCUGCUACCGGCAUCAUUGCAAACAGCAAGUGGGUGAGGCCGCGGAUUCAAUACUUUUUCAGCUUCUCCAUUGCCUUCAAUGGCGCCUGCCACCUUCUGUGCCCACUGGCUUCUGGCUACACGGGGCUUGUCGUUUACUCCAUCUUCUUCGGCUUGGCCUUCGGCAUGGUUUGUGCCAUGCUUUUUGAAACACUCAUGGACCUCGUGGGAGCCGCACGGUUCACAAGUGCUGUUGGCCUAGUCACCAUUGCGGAGUGUUGCACAAUAUUGCUGGGACCUCCCAUUGGAGGAACUCUUAUUGAUACCUUUGGGGACUAUAAAUAUAUGUUCAUUAAAUGUGGAGCUGUGAUGGUCCUGGCAGGAACCUUCCUCUUCAUCAUGAAUUAUUACAAUUACCGUAUGCUUGCCAAGGAGGAGAAGGAAAGAAAGGCAAAAGAAGAGGACCCUAAAUCUGUAAGGACAGACAAUGAAGACAGAAAUAACUGGAACAAAGAAGCCACACAGGGUGGGCCUGAGCUGGAGCCUUUGAGAGAGGAACAAGAAGGACUAAAGAAGGAAGUGAAUGGCACAAAUGAAGUUUAAACCUGUUCUCAUGAGCCGAAUGGGAAAUUACUUCUGGGUUACAUGCUGACACCAGCUGUGAAAUCACAUUAGGUUUUUAAAUUUUGCCCUACGCUGUGCCAUGUGCAUCAUCUUUGGUUUUGGAGAAGACCAGAAGAGAAAAAAGUCUAGUUUCUUAUAAAAUGCUGGGAUACACAGUGCAGUAUCCAUUUGCACAGCCCUGCAACAUUUUUUUUCAGAUAUUUCCAAUUUCCCAGAGGAGCUGAGUAAGGUUGUAACUAACACCACUUUUAUUCCCUGUACGAGGCCAAUGGCCAUCAGUCAACACAGAGCCCUUCCAGCAGCCUGAACAGGCUUUGCAUUGAGUACUUUAGUGGGUGGGUCUUCUCACCAUGCAGUAAAAACCCUUUGACCCUGACUGCAGUGUCAGAGUUAUCCCAGGGACCAGGUGCUGCCUUCCACUGGCAGCUGCACUGUGACUUGCACCUCUGUGUAAUGGAAAUGUAAAACAGACCUUACAGUGAUCUUAAAUAGAACAUGAGAGAAUUGCCUGAACAGAAUGAGGACACCACACGCCUGUGUGCGUGAUGUGGCAACAAGGCAGCCUGUCCUUGUGGCUGAAGCACUCUAGGAAGGAACUAACUUGAGUUGGCUUCUCAUGGCUUGACCAGCGACUUUCUCAGGGACUUCAGCAUUUAGCAAAAUGCCUUAAGAAAGGUGGCAUUAUGCAGGGAGCCAGCACAAGGCUGGCGAGCUACAGGAGUCCUUUUUUCAGAUCCUUUGUCUGUCUAAGAAACUUAUUCUUACAGGGCUUCAACUUUCAGUAACGUUCAAACAGUACAAAGUCUUUAGAGUCUUCCUUAGGAGGUUACACAGUCCUUACUGUCCAGUAUGUGAGUACCUUACUGCUUUUAGCACGCUUUUUCUUUGCAACACCCUGGUGAGGCAGUAAGUGUUGUUACUGUUAACUGUAUAAAUGAAGCACAGAGGAGCUAUGGGCAUCAUUCCAUCAGUGAAUAAAGUUUAGGCAUGCCAGAGCUGAAAUGGAAUUCACUGCCCUGAGUUACGUGCCUGAAAACCUCGCUGAACAUGGAUACCCUCCUCCUAGAGAACAGGAAAUACUGUGGAUAGCUGUGCAUUAAACCACCUCCCUCUCUGCAGUGCAGCAUGCUUACUUUGUGCUUCAUACUACUCAGGAUUAAUAAUUUUAAACACUAUCUUAGAGCUGUGAUCUUGUGCCAUAUAUUUUAACCAGUGAAGUUGCAUCCAUCCUGGAGGGCAUCCAAACACAGCUGCCACCCUUUUGUCAGGGCAAAGUUCAACACCUCCUUUUGGUCUCAUGCCAUUCUGUUGUAUGAAAUAAAAUUUUCCCAGGUCAGUGAUGGAGAGCUGGAGCUGAGGCCAUGUAAGAGGCUCUCAUCAAGAGGCGGUAAUUUUGAGCUGUGAAGACCUGGGCUGUGACAGCAAGCACUAACGUGUUUUACAAUAAGCAGCUGUUGCCCAAGAGCCAUGGAUGCUGAGCACGGCAUCAUGUAGUUGAAUCAUCAGCCUUCUGUGGAUUUAGCUCCAAGUGACUAGAUAAAAACAAGGACUUUUCUGGCAGAUCACCCAAAAUCUGAAGCUAACACCAGUCCAAAGGCCCUAUAGGUCUUCUUCUUCUUUGUUUCAAUGGUACCCUUAUGUGAUCAGGUAGUAGUUUUUCAUGACUUCAUCACUGAAGAGAUGUAUUUAAUUAUUACUUGUGUACACGCUGUGAAGAAUGGCUUGUAAAAAUGCUUUCAUAAAUACUCUAUACUCUUAAAUUGAGAUCACUCAUUUUUUUUACAAUAGCUUUUCUGUGAAAUCUUUUAUCUUUAUGUAGUAUCUUUUAUUUUCUCUGAAAAGCAAAAUCUAUGCAAUAUACUUAAGCUUUUGCUGCUGUGUUUUUAAUACUGUUUGUUUCUGUCAAAUAUAUCUAUGGUAUUUCAGUAAAAAAGACAUCUUUAGAGGGUCCUGAACAUUUUCUGAUAUGCCUUCUGGAAGCUUUCAUAUACUUAA